UGCACGCUUUAUCUCGUGUUAUCACCCGGACAGCAAUCUUAAUGGAAGUGGACCUUCAUAAUUGGUUGGGGUUGUGUUUUUCGGACAGGGUUGGGACUGUGACAGUUUUCCGCAAUACCGGCUACCUACCGAAGAAUCUGGUAGCUAGCUGUUGUUGGUAGAGAUCCCGUGUGGCAGCACAGAACUUCGCCAAACUCGCUGAACGCCGGCGUCGCGUGUGCAAAUGUUAUGUGUGCCGAUGAAGUUUCGACCGAAAAAGAUCACUCACUGCAGUGGAGUUCCCGGUACCGGAACAUCGACAACGGCCGGCGGAGGCGGCGGCGGCGGAGGCGGUGGUGGCGGCACCACCCGGGGCGGCGGCACCAGCAUGUACUCCGCCCGGCACUCGGUCAGUUCGUCGUCCAACGUGCUGAUGGUUGGACCGAACUUCCGGGUCGGCAAGAAGAUCGGCUGUGGCAACUUCGGCGAACUGAGGCUGGGGAAGAACCUCUACAACAAUGAACACGUAGCAAUAAAAAUGGAGCCAAUGAAAUCAAAAGCACCACAACUGCACUUAGAGUAUAGGUUUUACAAAUUAUUAGGAUCACAUGAUACACAGUCCCCUCCCGAGGGGAUCCCGCGUGUGUAUCACCUAGGUACGUGUGGUGGCCGUUACAAUGCAAUGGUACUAGAACUGUUGGGACCAUCGUUAGAAGACCUUUUUACGUUAUGUGGAAGGAAAUUCUCACUCAAGACUGUACUGAUGAUAGCUAAGCAACUAGUAAGUCACGGGUCGGCAAACACCCUCUUUUUAUUCAAAUUGUACUUCGUUUUUUUUACUGAGAUAAUUUUGUUGAUAUUAUAGUUCAUUAUUUUUAUUUGAUUGUACGGUUAUACUUUACCUACUCUGUUAGCCUGUCUUCCAACACUAUCUGUACUUUCUGCUGUUUUUCCUCUUAUUCCAUCUGUUUUGUUUUGCUUCCACUUUGUUUCUGUUUAUUUUUUAUGUUUUUUUUUGUUAUCCUUUUCCCAUACUCUUUACUUCAUUUCACUUGUUUUUGUGUUAACUUCUUCCUUCUUUUGAUUUCAUGCUUUCGGUUGUAGUUGUUACUGGUUCAGCAUUUUUUCCUUAUACAGCAUCAUUUCAUCUGCUCAUUUCCUGUAAAUAUAGUUUCAUUGUAGAAAGAUCUCACCAAUACAACAGAAAUAAGCAACUGUUUUGUUUUGUUUUACCAUCCUUUAUUUGUGUGUGUUGUGUGCGUGUGAGAUGAUCCGUUUUUUGCUAUGGUAGAUACCGCUUUGUUCGCUUCAAUUCUAACCGAUCUUCCCGUUGGUCGGUCAAUCAGCGUGAUUCGCAUACCUUCCAUUGGUAAAACAUAGUGACAAACGCAGCCAGCCGACGUUGUAGUUAUUUUGUUGGCGUUCUACAUUGACUCGUCAUUCUUCAUUUGGUAGUGAAAUUCUGUUUGAAAACUAAUGCUAGUUCUGUUUCAUGAUUCAAAAAUAACUACGGUUGUCAUUUUUGUUUAGGUUUCGCAAAACUGAAGUAACCAGACAGCGGUAUUCCAAGUAGAUUGCUAAACUAUCGCAGUAGCGCUUGAGCGUUUCGAAAUUGUCUUCAUUUCUGAAAUGUAGAUGGCUCUUAGCAGCUCCUGUUAUCAGACGUGCCUCGCGUAUGCUAGUCUGCAUAGACCAACCAAAAGAAUACGACUUCUUACCUUCUCCCAUUUCAGUAAUAUGGUAUGCCAACACAAGUACUGCAUCAAAACACGUGACAAUCAAUCAAUCUGGAAAUCUCGGUAAGAGAUGGCGCUAGUGAGGGCUUCACAAGAUCAGCGCCAUCUUUACGUCAAAAAUCGAUCAAAACCAAAAACCACCUUUGAGCAACCGUCAACCAUUGAAGUAGUAACCCCAUUCGUAUUCCUUUGUUAUCAAACGCUAGUUCCACCAGUCGGACCCAAUCGAAUAGUGCCAGAAUUCAUCCCAGUGUAGAUAACCAGACACAUCUUUCCUCAUAUUUCGUUUACUAGUUUAAUUUUCUGUUUUCAGUUUUUAACCCGUUUUAAUUUUCUCUAUCUUUUGUUUUACCACACCCAUACACACACAUCUUUCGCUUGACUAAACUUCCAUCUUUCGCAGAGAGAAUCAAAUCGAUCAGUUCAGUAACUUUUUCGUUCCUUCAUGGACCCAAGAGUUAAAUACCUAAAGCCGACCCGUACUUAGUAGUCACUGUCAAGAAAUAAAAACAAAAAUUUGCGGAUCCAAACAACAUAAAGUGACAUAUACAUAGCUAUUGAUAUUAUAAAUUGUUAUCAUUUUUCCUACUUCUCAGAGCAAAAGCCGCAUUCAACCGAGCGGAGUGAGACCCUGAUAAAUAGUCCUUGAAGAGUACAGCCGGCUAUUAUUAAGAUCCUUGCCACCACACGCGUCGCGUUUUUCCAUCGACCAAGACCAUUGAAAAGGCCGGAAAAGGAAGAGAACCCCAAACCCGCUCUCUCUUUCUCCUUCCCGCUUUUUAAUUAGGUCAUUUAUAUCCUACCGCACUCUUUCCAACCGUAGACACAAACACCAGGUGGCAUCACGUGAAUAAUCGCUUCCGUUUCCGGUGGCCAUCUAUUCCUCCACACCCGUCUUUAUCGCGCGUCCUUCCGAAUAGUGUUGCAAUUAAUUUUCCUUCCGAUUGCUGGCCGGCAGAAGGUCAGGUGGUCUCCACCCCCUGCAGCUAUGCAACCGAGACAAGUUUCAGAAGAACAAGAAAACGUGGGCAAAGCCAAAUUUUCAAAACUUACUCCCCCAUGAGUGACACCAAUGUUUUAUAAUUUCUUCCCAUCUCUUUCUCCAUUGUCCGAUCCCCGGUGUUCCACAACGUGCUGCCGUCUCCUAAUGAACCGC